GACUUGUAUGACAGUAAUAUUACACUUGGACCUUAUUGGAAAUGUUGCUAAAGAGGAAAAGCCCUCUGUGACUCUGUUUCCCACACAAGAGCCCCGCCUCCUAAUAGUUAAUUCUACAGAACUCUUUUCAGUAGUUUAUCUUUCACUCUGCCCCAGCAUGAGCCACACUGGAUAUCAUCACUUCACAACAUAAACAGAAGAGCUUCAUCAUCAGUCAACUAAUUGUCAGCCUCCCAGCCAAGUGUGACCAGAUUUGGCCACUCAGCCCAGCUGGAAAAGAAGAAAAGAAGAACAGGAAGAAAAAGUUGUAGAUUACAGGACCUGGGCAAGCAGAGGAGUAGGAAAAGUCUGGUGCUGGCUUAUGAACAUGAUUCUGUGGGUUGCAUUGCUGGUGUCUCACUGUUGUUUGGGUCUGAAUGGAGCUACAGCAGAAAGAGCAGGACUGGAGAGGAUAGAUAAAUGUGGCACUAGGUGUUCUAAGGGUCUGACGUGCAUAACAAAGCCAGACUCUCUGUUUCCUCCUCCAUGUCAGAACCCUGCUGAAGGUCUCAACACCUCCUCCAUGUUCCACAACAUCAGUCUCAACACAGUCAUGAGCUGUAAAGGGAGACAGAAGUGCUCGCUUCACCUCAGAAUAAAAACUGUAUUACAAGUUACUGAUCACAUCCAUGGUGUGUCCAUUUGCACUGAAACUGCAGGAAUGAUGGUGAACUGCCGGGUUUUCAGCUUCAAAAAACGCUCAAAAGAACGAAUGUCUGGGCUGCAGGUGGAAGUUGAGGAUGAUUGUACUGAUAUUUCUCCAAACCAACACGUGCAAGUCAUGGUGAAAACUGUGCCAGUCUAUUGUGGCCUAACCUGGAGCGUCACUUAUAAUGCCCCAGGAUGCAACAGGAAGGAUUUCAGAAAGCAUGUCCCAGAAUGUAUUACUGGUAAGCUGUCGUACACUGUAAACCCAGAGAGAAAGGAGCUGAGUGUCAGUGUUUCAGACAUGCUUGAAGAUCACAACUAUCUCCUCCGCCUGUGCCACAAGCAUUUCAUCUGUGUCGGCACAGGGGCCCAUAAACUGAUAAAGAAAGAGGAAGCUGUAAAGAGUGCCACUUUCACAUACUCCCGACCUUUGCCCUGCCUCUGUAUCGAGGGGUGGUCAGCUGUGAUGGAUGCCCCCAGAGUCCAGGUCUGCCCAUUCAAAGACCGUCUUGAGGAACUGUGGUAUGGAGUUACCUUUGACCCACUGGAGCAGAUGCUGUCGUGGCUGCCUCCCUGUCAAGUUAGUGCCGUUGUGACAUUGUGUCAGAAAAGCAAGGAUAGCGUCUGCGUGGACCUGCCUCAUGCCUCCCAGAAUGCUAGCAGAGAAAAGAUAAUAUUUACUAGAGUGGAUCCACACCCUCAACUCUGCGUAAAGUUUACUACAGACUCUCAGUCCUGGAUCAGGUGCCCCUUUGCUGAAGGGAGCUUUCAAGCAUGGGAGGUGGUUGUGACAAGAGAAGAGGUGAAGAUGUUGUCACACAUCACUGCAACCUUUUCUGUGGGGCUGUGUGUGAAGUCUGCAGGGUCUGCUGUGUGCCAGACCACUGAGACACACACUGUGCAUGUGGAGAAGAAUAAAGCUGUUGGCUUAAACUUCACAGGGCAAAUAUGCAACUCCUCCCUAAUGGUGAAGAGACUUGAUGUGAAUUAUGCUGCCACUGUUCUACACUAUCUUGAGCAAUGCAAUCACUCAUUGCCUCUCAGACCUCUUGUCAAGAAUCGAGCCUCUUGGGACUUUAGCUGGGUCAUUAUUCAAGCUUGUGUUUGCCUUUCUGGAAUCAUUACUGCCACUCUGGUGCUCUAUGCACUAUUAACCGUGGAUCAGAGGAGGAAAGUACAAAGAAAUGGAGAUGAAAAGCAAAUAGAUCCUCCUCUUGAUUUUGUGGUCCCUGCAUUACAAGCUCAGCCUGUUAAUCUUGGACAGAUUCUCAUACCUGAUUCACCACAGUCUGGAAAUGCUGAGAAGACCAACUUAAUCUGUGACUGACCAAAGUACAGUGAUGUGGUCAAAAACAUUGCUUACAGUAUGCAGUAUAAAACUGUAAACAUAUUACACAAACCAAAAAUGUUCUCUGUGGUAAGCAGUAUCCAAUGUUGGACAGAUAUUUGAAAUGUAAUAUAUUUUGCUGUAUAUGUGCAGGUUAGUAUGUUUGUCAGAAUAGCUGUUGUUUAUAUAUUCAAUGUGGAGCUAUAUGUUUAUGUGAAAGUUAUUGCCUAUAUUGCCAUUUUUGAGUUUAAAUAUUGUAGCUAUGAGGCCAGAGAGACACUUGGUGGGAUCCCCCAGCAUGCCUUAGGGGAGAAGCACCUGACAGGAUCCCCCAUAAUGCCCCAUGGGGUAGAAUGUAAAUAGUUUUGGGUUUUGGCAGGAUUCACUGUGUGUGUGCCCACUUCCGUUAUUGCUGUGCUGCUGCCAGAGGGGGGAAAUAAAAGGUGAA